AUGUAGCCUCUGUGGCUGAACGACGACGCAUGGAAACCUUGUCUCUUUGUUCCUCCCUCAAGCCCUAAUCGCUUUCUCCCUACAACAAUGUCAAAGUCGGCUGUUGUGUUUGGCGCUUCUGGCGUGACAGGCUGGUCUUUCGUCAAUGAGAUCCUUUCCGAUUACCCAAAGAAGGACACCUGGAAGCGCGUCCAUGCGCUGACAAACCGCCCGCUUUCUCCGUUGCAAACACAAUGGCCAGAGGACUCGCGCCUCAACCUGGUCUCCGGCCUUGACCUACUCUCCCAUAGCCAAGAAAGUCUUGAGAAGGAGCUGGCAGAGAAGCUACCACAAAUUGAGGAGGUGACACACGUCUACUACCUUGCAUACAAAGCGGGCCUAGAUGUACAAAAGGAAAUGGAAGAGGCCGUGGAGAUGUUUUCCAAGGCAGUGAAAGCCAUGGAUAAACUAUGUCCGGCUCUGGAAUAUGUCGUGCUGCAAAUUGGCACAAAAGUUUAUGGCGUCCACCUCCUCGCUGCGCUCCCUUGGUACGACGAGACCGCUCCCCCAGGCACGACCGGACCUAAACUUCCUCUACCUCCACUCAAAGAAACCUUUCCCCGUAUACCCAGCCCGUACGCCGAGAUGCUCUUUUACCACGCACAAAACGAUUGGAUCGCCGAAUACGCCAAGCACAAGAAGUGGAGCUGGAUUGAGACUCGUCCAGAUAUCAUAGUCGGCUAUGUUCCGAACCAGAACGCAUACUCGCUUGGUACGACAGUCGGUCUCUACCUAGCGCUGUGGAAAGAAUUGUAUGGUGACGGAGCGGAAUGCCCAUUCCCUGGCACGGAAGGAGUCUGGAAGGCGCUGAGUAACGAUAGCAGCAGUGAUAUGAUCGCUCGCCAGACUAUCCAUCUCACCCUUUCCGCCAAGCCGAAGAAGGGAGAAGCAUUCAACAUCGCUGACUCAAAAACACCCUCAAACUGGGAGGAGAAGUGGCCUGUACUAUGCUCCUACUUCGGCCUCAAGGCCAGUGGACCUGCGCCCACUCCCAUCGACAUACGCAAGUUUAUCAAAGACAACAUGGAGACCUGGCUGGCCAUGGAGAGAAAGUAUGACUUGCAAAGUGGACAUGUAGAUGGUGGUCGUGGCAUGCAGAUUGCCGAACAAAUGCUCAUGACUAAGUUUGACUUUGACAGGCACUUUGACAUGAGCAAAACGUACGGAACGGGGUUCAUGGAGGAGCGGGGGACGAAGGAGUCGUGGGGAGUUGUGUUUGAUAGGAUGAGGAAGGCGAAGAUCAUACCAUAGAUUGAAUAACGACUGCCAACCUAGCUAGACCAGGGAGCAGAGGAAUGCGAGAACAUGGAAGAGUAUUGCGCCCAGAGGCAUGCAUGAGGUCAGAAAGAAUCAAAGGAGCAAGCACAGACGGACACGCUAUCACCGAUGCUAAGAAAGUGCGUAUUGCCGCAAUAUACAUGGUCCGCUACGAUUCUCAAUAAGCCUUCACAGCAGCCAACUGUAAGAUCCUGUCCGUGAUGACCGGCUUCUCCAACGGCUCCGUCCUGUUCUGCGGAUCUGGCUUACCGUCCCUCUCUGGUGGGCCCUGCUUGCGGAUGUUGCAGUGCGGCCAAUGUGUCGUACCCUGCCACGUCUUGAAUAGCUCAGCCUUGAGCUCGCGAUCCUCCUUCUUCGCAAACUUGGCCGGCGUCAUGCAAACAUACUGGACGUGGCGAAUCCGUUCACCUUGUGGGAAGCAGGCAUAGUGCAUG